GAGCCACAAGGGAAGGCUUGAAAGAUGUGGCUCCACAGCUGCAGGUUAGACCCCUGGUUUAAGCUAAACAAUCUUAUAGAUGUCUGAAAUGUGACCUGGGAGUCUAUUUUUAUUCAUUCAUAUACUAAAAAUAACCCAAACUAUUAUAAUUACAUGCUCGUGAUGCGAUCGUGUUGAGAUAUUAUCAAAUCUAAACUUGUGUUUUAGAAAAUCCCAGCUGUAAGGUAAAAAUUCAAACCUAAAUAAAAUACUUUUGAAUUUUUUUUUCCUAAAGUGAAUCCUAAAUUCUGCAGGUCUGCAUGCAUCCCUUUUUCUAAAUCGUGCUGCCCUCUGCGGGUCUUCUUCCAGCCUCCUGCUUUCCUUUUUUUUUUUUUUUUAAACCACCUCCCCCCUCAGCAGACAUCAUCAUCAUUCCCCCCUUCUCCUCUCCCAGCCGGUCUCCUUCACAUCAGCCUGCUUCUCCAAGAGUAUCGCGCGCAUCCAAAAUAUCGCUUUUCCUUUUACGCCGUGAUUUUUUCUGUUCUCUUUAGAUGGUGGGAGGAGGAUUUAUGCAUUUUUACGACCAUUUUUGCCCCCUUCUAUUUUAAUUAUUAUUUUUUUAAAUGAAGAAGGAGGAGGGGGGGAUGCCACACUGUGAUAAUUGUUUCAUAAUACGUGCUUCGCCGCAGGGUCUGCGCCGCUUUGCACCAACCCAGAUCAAGUUCCACUAGUUGAAAGGUUGGUGGAGGAAGAGGAAGAAGAGGAGGACACCUCCUGCAAACCGCGGAGCUGCAAAAGGAGGAUUUUUUUUCCUUUUUUUGAUGGGGGGGAAGAUGCAGCUGAAUUAGAAAGAGAUGCGUGAAUAAACUGGUGCGAGGAGAGAAAAAGAGACAGGCGCGCGGGGGGGAGGAAGGAAGGAAGGAAGGUUGGCGCCUCUCCUUCGUCAGUGGAUGAAAGUCACAGUUGAAAUGCAGGCGGCGGGCGCUCCGUGAUGUGGGAUUACCUGCUCCUUCUCCUUCUCCUCCUUCUUGGCCAUGUUUGAACUUUGGUUCUGGCUCUUUUUCCGAGAUGACAGCGCUGAUUUGCGGCGGAGCAGCGACGGAGGAGCCCGCGUCGCCGCGGCGCUGGCGUGACUGCUGAGACGGUGCUCGCGCGCUCUGCCGGUGCCUGAUUUAUGGAGCUAAACGCAGAGGAGACUUGACUUUUUAUUUUUUAUUUUUGUUAUUUUUUUUAGUAUAAUUUCCCCCCUUAAAUUGAUUUUAUUGUGAUUUUUUUGGCACAGCGGCUCAUGUUUUCAGUGAUUGGACUGAAAAGUCGGGAUGCUUUGGCGUGGAUCGGCACGAUGACACCUUCCCUUACUUGAGUGAGCUGGGGCACCCUCUCCCAGGAAAAAUGCAUAUCUGGAUCCUAAAAAUCCUCCUUCUGAUUGCAUCAUCUCUGAGGCUGGUCGAGAUGUAUGACAAUUAUGGGGAGAUCUGCCGGAGCCUGUGCACGUGCGAGGAGAAGGAAGGGGUCCUGAUGGUGAGCUGCGAGAACCGGGGGAUCAUCAGGCUGACGGAGAUCAGCCCCGUCCGCUUCCCCAUGUACCACCUCCUGCUGACGGGGAACCUCCUGAAGAAGCUGUCGGUCAACGAUUUCAUCAAUUACACCGGCGUGACCAUCCUGCACUUGGGGAACAACGACAUCGCCGAGAUAGAGUCGGGUGCCUUCAACGGACUGCAGGGAUUAAAACGAUUGCACCUGAACAACAAUAAGAUUGACAUUCUGAGGGACGACACUUUCGCGGGACUGGAAAGUUUGGAAUACCUACAGAUUGACUAUAAUUACAUUAGCAUUAUAGAGCCUAAUGCCUUGAGCAAACUGCACCAACUAACAGUGAUGAUUUUGAAUGAUAACCUACUCUCUUCCCUCCCUCCCAACAUCUUCCGGAACGUACCCCUCACACACUUGGACCUGAGGGGGAACCGGUUGAAAAUGUUCCCCUACAUUGGCCUCCUGGAGCACAUGGACAAGGUUGUGGAAUUACAGCUUGAGGAGAAUCCGUGGAAUUGCUCCUGCGAGCUGAUCGCUCUGAAAGCCUGGCUGGAGAGUAUAGCCUACACCGCUCUGGUGGGCGAGGUGGUGUGCGAGACGCCGUUCAGGCUCCACGGUAGGGACUUGGACGAAGUGUCCAAGCAGGAGCUGUGCCCACGAAGACCCUUGGAAGAUUCUGUCAGGCCCGCGCCGCCAAGCAGCACCAAUGGAUACUACCAGACCACGCCGGCUGCCGUCACAGCCUCUGCCACCUCCUCAACUGUUUUUAAGUUCUCUUCUAGGCCUACCAAGGGCACGCGGCAAGUCAACAGGACUAAAUUAAAGCCAACGUCUCGAUUGCCUGGCGGCAACCCAUACAACUAUGGCCCCAUCAUUGCUUUUCAGACCAAAUCUCCUGUGCCUUUGGACUGCCCCACUGCCUGCACAUGUAAUCUGCAGAUUUCUGAAAUUGGGUUAAAUGUAAACUGCCAAGAGAGAAAGAUUGAGAGCAUUUCUGAUCUAAAACCCAAGCCAUACAAUCCUAAGAAAAUGUAUCUCACUGGAAAUUACAUCCCCGUGGUGAGGAGGUCAGAUUUUGUCGAUGCUACCGGAUUGGAUUUGCUUCACCUGGGAAACAACAGGAUAACUGUGAUCCAUGACAGGGCUUUUGGGGAUUUAACCAACCUACGUAGGCUGUAUUUAAAUGGUAAUCUCAUGGACAGGCUUACAGGGGAGAUGUUUUAUGGCUUGCACAACUUGCAGUAUCUUUACUUAGAGUACAACAAAAUCAAGGAGGUGGAUGCGGGUGCUUUCCGCUACCUCCCCAAUCUCCAGCUGCUUUUCCUCAACAACAACCUCCUUAAAACUUUACCCACAGGCAUAUUUUCAAGUCUGUCGAUUUCCAGGCUUAACCUGCGCAACAACCAGUUCCAGAACCUGCCUGUGAGUGGCGUCUUAGAUCAGCUGAAAAUGUUGGUGCAAAUAGAUUUGUUUGAGAACCCCUGGGAGUGCUCCUGCGACUUAGUGGGUAUGAAAAUAUGGCUGGAGCAGCUCAGCGCGGGCACGGUGGUGAACGAGGUGGUAUGCGAGACCCCUAAGCGCCACACGGCGAUGGACUUGCGUUCGAUCCCGUCGGAUCAGCUCUGCCCGGACUACUCUGACACUUACGUCUCCCUGACUCCCCCAACGGACGAGCCCAUGGACGACCACGGCGUCACCACAAACGCCCCGCAGAGGUUUAACACCCCCAACAGUACCGUCCCCCUGUCUGUCCUCAUCCUCAGCCUCCUGCUUGUGUUCAUCAUGUCCGUCUUUGUGGCUGCGGGUCUCUUCGUGGUCGUCAUGAAGAGGCGCAAAAAGUCGCAGAGCGACCGCACUAGUACCAACAACUCCGAUGUCAGCUCUUUCAACUUGCAAUACAGCCUCUACAGCAACCGCUCUGGCCCUAAGGUUAAAGCCCCCGCGGGUCACGUCUACGAGUACAUCCCCCACCCUAUGGGUCACAUGUGCAAAAAUCCCAUUUAUAGGUCACGGGAGGGGAACACGGUGGAGGAUUACCGUGACCUGCACGAGCUGAAGGUGACGUACAGGAGUACCCCCGACGACGAGAGGGACAGCAACACCAUGAGGAGCCCUACGUACAGCGUCAGCACUAUCGAGCCACGCGAAAACCCCUCCCCCGUCCAGGAUGCAGACAAUUUCUUCAGGGGCAUACUUGAGCCCGACAAGCAGUCCCCUCACCAGUCCAUCCCAUCCAUCCCGGCGGGAGCCAACUUAGAGUACAAGUACACCGGGCCUGUUUCGUACACGUACAACCCAAACUUUGAUGUCAGACGCCAGUUUUUGCACCCGGAGAGGAUAAGAGAGACUGUGCUGUACGGCACAGCACCCAGUACUGUGUACGUGGAGCCCAACAGGAACGAGUAUUUGGAACUAAAAGCUAAACUGCAGUCUGAGCCCGAUUACCUUGAAGUUCUCGAGAAACAGACCACCUUUAGCCAGUUCUGAGCAAACAAACCCAACUCUUUUCUCUCUAGAUGCCCCCUUGAAAAGAGCGGCUCAGUUCAUUGGGUGCCUUUGGCACGACCACACGAGCAAAAGCGAAGGAGUUAUUGAGGCGGGGUGUGCCGAACAAUCUCACUAAACGAGAGGGUGACAUUGCAGGGACGGAUACAUCUUCCUGGGUCUCGGAGGAGCAGAGUUGCUCCACUUUAACUGAUGAUGCAAAUUUUAUUUUUCUAUGAUAAAGAUGGAAUAACACACACAAAAAUGUAGGUGUACAGGUUAAUCCUACCCAGCUUCAUUUUCAGGAAUAUAACGAUGCAUAAAUUGUGAAAUCAGAAGAGAAAUGUUUAUAAGAAAAAGAGAAAUCACUUCUGGACAAGCAAGCAAAACACUGUACAGCAGAUCAUCAAAACUGUGUAGGACUGGUUUCUGCUGUAGUCUGUAAGUAAAUAUUUAUUGAUAUAAUCUGCCAUGUCUUUUCAAAACUUUUGAUUCUACAUCAAUAUUACCUGUGUCAUCAUACGCCAUGACCCCCCGCCCCUCCCCCUCCUCUGGGACAGGCUUAUGUUCGUAGUUUCAUUUUACUGUAGCUCUGCAUUGUUAAAGUGGCUUUUUUUGAAAGUGGCACACCCCCUAAUGUUCAAAACAAGACUGCAUCAUUUGAAGAAGAUGAGAAAAAAAAAAGAAUUCAAAGUGUCUUUGUAUGCUUUCUGCACUUUUUUGGAAUUGGAAGGCGAGUUCGUUGAGCUCUCAUAAAAAGACAUUAUUAUAUUAAAAAUGAAUAUGGGUAUUCAUUCUUAAUAUGUAGAGUCCGAGAAUUCAGAGACGAUGUUUGACAUAUUCAUUAUGUUGUGUAAUACGGAUAUUUUAAUUAAUGUAACACCUAUUUUUAUACAAGCAUUGGCAGAUUCUCUAUCCCUUCUUAGUUUUUGUUUGGAUUGAUUGCACUUCUUGCACUAUAUUGACCAAACUAUGUUAUUGUCAUCAAAUAAACAUGAUGUCAGGUUCAUAUAAUUUUUUUGGGACGCUCACUUCUGUUGCUGGUGAGAGGAUUCAGACCUUUUAAACUCGGAAAGCUGUUUAUCUCUGCAAUCAAAUGACAAUGCUAACGAGAGCAGAUGGCGUUAUGCAAUCCAUCACGCCCGCUAAGGAUACAGUAUAGGCUUCACUCAAAGGGGCAGCUGGUGUCUCCGAGAGGAUUGGGAUCAAUGGGAUCCAAUCAAUGAGUGUUAUCCCUUUGCAAUUAUACCAUGACAACUGCAUCCACAUUACUGCCUGGCAGGCGUUGAGCUCCACUUUAUAAACAUCAAUGGAGCUGACUAAGAAGCUGUUGGAGUUCUCCAACAAAGUAGAAACUUUGAGACUAAAGUGUGUUUCGAGCCAAUAAUUUUAUGGGUUUAAAUCAAAUGUUUAUCCAAAAAAAUGCAUUUGAAGAUGAAAUAUUUCUAUCAUGUUGCAAAGUCUGUCUUUAUUUUUUGGGUUAAUAAACUAUGAUUUCUGCUGGA